AUGUUAAGAACAGGAAGAUCCGGUUUGAGGUACGUGCAAAGCUAUGGCCUUGUUAAUGCGUUAGGCAAUAGAGUUGCUGGCCGCGUUGGCAGCAUGUCAUUGAGACCAAUUGCGCCAGUACAGGUUAGAAUGCAGAGCCAAGGAGGAAAUGUAGAAUCUAACAUUUCGCAAACGGAACAGGCAUCAGCCCAAGAACAAGAGCAGUACCGUCUAAGCGAUGAACAGGUAGACGAGUGGAUGAAUGCCAUCAGGAACCUGGAGGAAGAGUUUUCGCAAGGAGAAUACAACCCAGCCACAUCGCUAGCACCUGAAAACCAAUCUAGAGUGAAUAUCUUGGAGAAAGCGAUGGAACUCAACAAGCCAAAGUUCGAGCCAACUGCGGAGCAGGUGGAAGAAUGGGAACGUUUGAAAACUGUUCCCAUUCCCAAAAGAGAGGAUAAGACACUACAGCAUGUGACAAAUAUGAUUAUGAGACAUGGGAAGAAGGAAAGAGCGCAAAAGAUUUUGUCCAGGGCUCUAUAUAUUGUUUUCUGUCAGACACGAAAGGAUCCGGUGAAAGUGUUGAAAGAAUCGUUGGACGUUCUAGCGCCUUUGAUGCUUGUCAAGACGUUCAAGACUGGUGUUGCUAAGGCCACUGUUGUCCCAGUUCCGUUGAACCAAAGACAAAGGUUCAGAGUUGCAUGGAAGUGGAUCGUAGAGAGUUCUGCAAAGAGAUCCUCUAGCGAUUUCGCUGUCAGAUUGGGAGAAGAGCUUGUUGCCGUAUACAAAGGUAACAGUUCCGGUUUCGAAAAGAGAGACUCCAUUCACAAGACUGCAAUUGCUCACAGAGCUUACAUCAACCUAAAAUGA